AUGGAUGAUGACAUGCUUGUGCUGGAUGAGGGCGCCAGCGACCCCAGGCCCAUCAAGAUAAAGGACCUGGUGGCGGGCAAGAAGGUCGUGUUUUUCGGGCUACCCGGCGCAUACACCUCAGUCUGCUCCUCUAAGCACGUGCCUCAGUACAACGAGCGGCUGGAGAAGCUGAAGGAAGCUGGCGUUGACACGGUGGCCUGCCUCAGCGUGAAUGGCCUGCUGCAGCACAUCCCUGGCCUGGGGGUGCGGUCCAUGCGGUACAGCCUCAUGGCGGACGACGGCGUGGUCAAGAUCCUCAACGUGGAGGAGCCGGGCGGCAAGUCAUACAAGGUGUCGGGCCCAGAUAACAUGCUCAAGUGCAUCUCGGAGCUCAAGGGCUGA